CAUUAUAGAAGUAUUAACAGAAGGCAGCAAGAAUCACCUCAUAUACGAUCAAUUCUAUACCCAGUAAAGUUGAGUGUUCUGAAUCCUAGAGAGCUAGAGAAAAAACUUCCUAACACUUGGUCCUUCGAGCCGGAUAGGAAAACUUCCUAACAGUACAAUCGAUCCAGUAGGUGGCGGAAUAUCUCUCUGAAAGUUGGUAUACCAACCGCCAUUUAAACAUCCGAAGAAGGAGAAGUAGAAGAAGGAGAAGAAGAAGGAGAAGGAGGAUAGAUCGCUUCAGCUACUAAAUUGUUGAACGUGUAUUUUUCACUAUUUAUAGUUAAAAACAGCCACUUUCCAGUCACAAUGGCGCAAUACAAAGGAGCUGCCAGCGAGGCGGGGAGAGCCAUGCAGCUGAUGAAAAAACGCGAAAGAGAGAGAGAACAGAUGGAACAGUUGAAACAAAAAAUAGCAGAGGACAACAUUGUGAAGUCCAACAUUGAUAAAAAGUUCUCUGCUCAUUAUGAUGCUGUUGAGCAAGAGCUCAAGUCAAGUACUGUGGGUUUGGUGACUUUGAAUGACAUGAAAGCCAAGCAAGAAGCUCUUGUAAAAGAGCGAGAAAAGCAGCUGGCCAAGAAGGAGCAGUCCAAAGAACUACAGCUCAAAUUAGAGAAGCAGAAAGAGAGAAAGAGAAAAGAGGAACAGAAAAGAAAAAUUGCCAUGUUGUCUUUCAGUCCAGAUGAUGGAGAUGAUGAAGAUGACACCGCAGUUAAGAAACAGAAGCUGGGGAAGAACCCUGAUGUCGACACCAGCUUUCUUCCAGACAGGGAAAGAGAGGAGGAGGAAAAUCGCCUUAGAGAAGAGCUUAGACAGGAAUGGGAGCGGAAACAGGAGAAAAUCAAGGGUGAAGAAAUUGAAAUUACUUUCAGCUACUGGGAUGGAUCUGGACACCGGAAAAUAGUCAAGAUGAAGAAGGGCAAUACUAUUCAACAGUUUCUCCAAAGAGCCCUGGAAGUUCUAAGAAAAGACUUCAGUGAGUUAAGAUCUGCUGGAGUGGAGCAGCUUAUGUAUAUUAAGGAGGAUUUAAUCAUCCCUCAUCACCACAGCUUCUAUGACUUCAUUGUGACAAAAGCUAGAGGCAAAAGUGGGCCACUUUUCAGUUUCGAUGUUCAUGAUGAUAUUCGAUUGGUAAAUGAUGCUACAAUUGAGAAAGAUGAGUCUCAUGCAGGAAAAGUGGUUCUGAGGAGCUGGUUUGAAAAAAAUAAACACAUAUUUCCUGCCAGCCGCCGGGGGCCUUAUGAUCCAGAAAAAAAUGGGACAAAUACAAGAUCAGAUGAAGCAGUUCUUCCAUGUGGUUUUCAAAAUCUCUUAUGUUGCAGUUUAUUUUUUCUUCUCGAAGAUAUCAUAUGCACUAUCAUUAAGAUAUUCUAAAGCUGUUGCGUGCAUUGUAUCUCUAACAUGUCAUACUUAUUAAAUGACCUUAAACAAUUUACACACCAUGGAUCAUUUUUUACAAAUAAAUUCUUAGGGGAUUAAAGUUUAGAAAAGUAAAUUUUGCUGUACAAAUAUUUUUCAAGCUGCUUUAGUGCAUUGUCUAAUAAAUCAGUUAUUUAAAUUUUUGUUGGUAUUUUAAUUAUUUUUUAAAUAUUAUUUUUUAACAUGGUCUUCUAGUAGUUAUACAUAUUCUUGUAUUGUAUUUAACAGAGACUAUAAUUAUUGUUACUAUAUUUCAAGCA